UUUGGCCUCAUCCUUGACCAUGAAAGCAGCACAUGGAGCACAGAGCGGACAAAAUGAGCCUCAUGGACAUCAACAAGAUGUUCUCCCUGCUGCAGCCCAGGGAUGACGAGGAGGAGGACAGCAGGGAGAGUGAGGAACUGAGCCAGGCCGUGUGCCAGGAUGACCACAAAACCCUGGACCGGCUGCUGUGCCAGGACAGGUACAGGAGGCUCCUGAACCGCCGCAGCGGCUGGGGCGUGCCCAGCACGCCGCUGCGCCUGGCGGCCACGCGGGGCCACGUGCGGAGCCUGCGGGUGCUGCUGGCACACGGUGCCGACGUGGACAGCCUGGACGUGAAGGCGCAGACCCCGCUCUUCGUGGCGGUCAGCAACGGGCACAGCCACUGCGUGCGGGCGCUGCUGGAGGCCGGCGCCAGCCCCGCGGGCAGCGCCUACAACAACUGCUCGCCGCUGCUGCUGGCCGCCAGGGACGGCCGCGUGGACAUCGUGCGGCAGCUGCUGGAGCACGGCGCCGAGGCCAACGUGCAGGCCAGGCUGCCCGAGUGGGCGGCCAACUCGGUGGCCUGCUCGGGGCCGCUGUACCUGGCGGCCGCCUACGGGCACCUGGAGUGCUUCCGCCUGCUGCUGCUGCACGGCGCCGAUCCCGACUACAACUGCACCGAGCAGGGCGUGCUGGCGCAGAUCCGGGAGCCCAAGACCCUGCUGGAGACGUGCCUGAGGCACGGCUGCCGCGCCGACUUCGUCCGUCUGCUCAUCGACUUCGGGGCCAACGUGUACCUGCCCAAGGUGCCCGCGGACAGGGCGGCCCCGCGCAGCGAGGGGCUGGAGCUGCUGCUGCAGGCCAGAGCUCAUCCCAAAUCCCUGCUGUCCCAAUCCCGGCUGGCCGUGAGGCGUCUCCUGAAGCAGCCUGGCUGCUCGGCCGCCCUUGGAGAGCUGGAGAUCCCCACAGUCCUGGCCAAAUACCUGCAGCACCAGCCGUGAUCCCAGCCUGCGCCCAGGGACACCCACUCUGAGCACCCCUAAAACCUGCUCCACCUCCUGGGAGUGGAUCCCUGAAAUCUGCGAAACCCCUGGGAAUUUGUGGUCACAAGUUCAUUUUUAUUGACGAGGUGUCUCCAGAAAGCAGUGCCCACGUGCAAAGGUGGGAAGGGAAGGGAAGGAGGAGAGAGAACAGGAGACCUCAGCUUGUGGCUUGCAGAAAAGCAAGGAUAGAGCAGGAUCUGAUUCCCCUGGGUUUGCCUCAGACCAUCUUUACUGAGGGAUUUUACACCUUCAGCUGAUUUUGGUUGGAAAAAGGGCUGGGAAUGGGUGUGGAAGAAUUCUUGGCAGUAAGGAUGGGAAUUCCUCCCAGUGAAGGCAGGACUGGGGCUGGCCCCGGCCAUGUGUGCCCACCCCAGUGGGGGCAGAGCUCCCAGCUGGCAGCACAGGAGGGGCUGGGAGAUGUAUCCAGAGCCCCAGCAUCCUCACCCCUCUCCCUGCCCCAGCUCUGACCCUAAACAUCAUCUUCUCAUCCCAAAAGUGCUUCAUGUGGCACCGAGGGUCUUUCAUGAAA